CCUAUCCAACCAUUACCGCCCACAGCCACAACUACACGAAAGUAUAAGAAAAUAUAAAGAUAUAAACGAUGGUAGUAGCAAAGCAGCAGCAAGAAAUACAAGGCUCACACAAAUUCAAAGGAAUAAUCCAGGAACAAAAUUAAACUCAACUAGAGAGCAAACACCACUGGACUCAACACCCACAGCCCCAAAAACAGAUUCCCAAGCCGAUAACCCAAUCCAAAGCAGUGCAAGAAACGACCACAGCAACAACAGACAACAGACAAUAUCAACAAAUCCAACGCAAGUCAAGGGAUCGAGCAUGGAUCAAGCAAUAAGUGGAACAGCGAGAGUUUUGUUCAAGUUUCAAAUAUGGCCAGAGAUGUUUGCUUGAGCAUGCUUUCAGACGGUGAGAUUAAAAAGGAAGAAUGUAAUGAGCUAAAAGAGAAGGUGAAAGCAGGCCUUCUUAAAAAACUUACAAUUGUGGAGCUUGAACAGAAGGCUAAAAUCCUUCAUGAGGACAUCACAAAGCAUCAGAUUGCUCAAGAGCUGGAGUUGUUGCAGAAGCUUACUGAUAAUGCAAAUGAGAAAGGAAGGAGAUAUCAAGUUUAUCGGUAUAUUGCACAAAGCCAGUUCCUAAAGACACCUUCAUACCUGUCAUCUCAGCUGGAGAAUAAUAUUCCUUGUGUGAUCCCAGAAGAAGUUGAGCUUGAAUCUCUUGAUACGAAUGACAACCAGGUGCAACAAUGUUCCGAUGAGACAACCUCAAUGAAGCAGGACAUUCCCAGAGUGACUCCCGAGAAAGUACAGCUUGAACCACCUGCUGAAGAUGAAACGGAUGGCAAUAAGACGCACGAAUAUGCAAAUGGGACAACUCCUGCUGAAGAUGGAGCACCUUGCUCUGGUAGUUAGUAGAUGUAAUGAAGCUUUGUGCAACUCCCCAUCGUCUCCUUCCUUGGUUAACUUAGGUGUUGUUAAACUUUUCCUGGAUAACUUAAGUAGCUUGUCUCUAUGGAGGGAAGAUUCUUCUAUCAGUUGCAGGUUUUUCCUUGGUACUUUGAUUUUAGUCGCUACAAUGAUUAUUCAGUGUUCUAGAUUUGUUAUUUAUAUCACAGCCAGUUAAGACUUUUUCCA